UUUUAUCGUUUCUACUCUGCGAGGGAAACACUUUGUUUUACAUAACUUCCAAAACACUUCACUAUGUUUAUGCAGCUUUAAUUGUCAAGUAAAUCAACGGAGACCAUUCAAAUAAAACAGUUAAUAAUUCGCUAUUUUAUAUCUUCGAAAGAACGAAACCGUUUUGGAGCAGGGCUGACUGACAUCUGAUUUUAAGGCUUCUCGUUCCCAUAGCAACCACCUGUUUCACCCCACCCCCGUGCGCGUGUAGCACCUGCCCAAAGCAUCAGCAUCAGAUACCACAUUUAUUAUUUAAAUUGCCUAAGAAGAUCCUAGACCACAGGCUUGAGAAACUAGACAGAGACUUCAUUGUACCUUUCAAAUAGGCUGUUAUGUCAUUCUUUCAUGAAAACGUCGCAAACUCUUGUAGUGCCUUAGAAACUAGAAACCCUUGGAACAAGCAUCAAAUAAAUGAAUAGAGAGGCGCGGAAGACGCGCAGUAGCGCGUUAGAUGGAGCGCCAUCGGGAGACGCAGAGGAUAUGGACGGUGAAGAUGACGCUCACAGCAGACCUUCAUCAGUACUGUGGGAAAGACACAUCGAGCACAGUAUAUUUGUGGAUAUCAGCGACGAUGACAGUCUGCAUUUCAGUGACAUGCAGGGCUCCUUCACUGUUCACCUCUCACAGGUCUCUGGUGAACCUGAGAGCCCACAACUCACUGAUAAUGCAGAGCUGUCAGAGUCAUGUGAGACUGAAGAGGGCUCUUCAGAGAGUGUUGACUCGGUUAGUAGUGAAUGCACAGAAAAUUCAAAAACCAGAAACAGGAAGGGAAACAUACCCAAGGCAUCAGUAAAGAAAACCACCCCUGUGGUGAAGCCAGUAAUUGGAACACAUGAGAAUGAUGCAGUCAACACCAGUGAUGAAGAACACGAAGAGCUUCCAUAUGAUGGUGCACACAGCAACUACAAAACAGAGAUGAAUUUAAAAACACCUCCAUGUGAAACAGUUACUGAGAUGCCUAGUCAGAAUUACUCUACGCUUGAUAAGUUAAAUAUGCCAAUUGGUAAUGCAGAACAAACAGAGGAUUGGCAGUCUAAUCUUACUCACGGUCUUCUAUCCAAUCAUAAAGUAAUAAAGGAUGUGGCUCAGCCUGUAGCCACACCUAUUCAACCUGCAGACCACAUCAAUGACUUCCUGCUCAGACACUUCUCCAAGGAGGAGCUGCUUAACUCAAGCAGGAUCAUUGAAGCCGAGACCCUACCAGAGACAUCUUUGAUGGACAGCACUGAUGAAACCUUGCGGAGUAAAGUGAUCUUCAUAGCAGAGAGGGAGACGAUUCAGGAUGUGAGGGAGAAGCCUGAUCCAAGCAUUGCUGAAAGCCAUAGAUUGGCUGAACUAAAUGUUUCAAAUGAGUCAAGCUCAUCUAAGGAAACUGGGUCGACUUGCAUCAGUGAUGCUGCAUAUGCUGGGGAUGACGUCGAUGAUAAUAAAGACUGUCCUAAACAGAAUUGCAGUGCCAACUCUUUAGAUCUGUCUAAAGCAGAUGCACAAAAGCCUAAGUGCUCCUUCAACAGGACCAGGUCCUAUAGUGAGCUGAAAUACGGGCAGGGAAAGGUGCAUUACCCACUACCUGACUUCUCUAAAGUGGCACCUAAAGUCAGAAUACCUAAAGCUAAUGCGGGCGUUAAACCCAUCAGCCAGUCACCAGCUAUAGCCCGAGCCCAGUCGUCCCCAGGCAUUCUGGGUAAAUCAGCCUCCUCUUGUAAACCUACAGCAGAUAUCAUUAGCAGGGUUUUAGAGGACUCCAUCAUGCCACCAGAGAAUGUGUUCACAGACAAGGAAGUAGCACAUCAGUUACAGGUUGAAUAUGACAGAUUGCUUGCUAAAUAUACAGAAGCUGAAAACCUAAUUGGUCAGCAGAUUCAUGCUUCCAGUGAGCCUUCUGUGACCAUCGACUGGAAUGAUGCAACUAGCAACAAUGAAAACACCAAACUGACAGCAGCUCACCCACAAGCACCAGCCGCAGGCAAGAAGCCAUUGUUUGUCUUUCUCCAGCUGAAGUAUUGUACUACACUCGAUACUGCAUGUUUAGAUGCAAUUUGUGUCCUCGUGUCUGAUGUCUAUUCAGCAGGUAUAAGCGAGAAGCAGUUUAGCCUGCAGAACUCUCAACCUGUGGAGACUGAAUCACAUAGCCUGACAGACGGAGAGAGACUGACCUCUGAGCUCAGAGACAUCAUCAGAUCAUUUAUGCAGAAGGUGGAUGAAUUCAAAACAUGUGUCACCACUAUGUCAAUGGAUGUAGAGGAGCAACAGAUGAUGCUAAAGAGCAUGAUGGAGGCCCAGGAUCAGCUGGAGAGGAAUUACCUCACAAAGAGAGAGGAGCAUCGCGCUCUGGAGAUGCAGAACUACAGGGGUUUAACCAGAAACACAGGAGAGUUUGAUCCUGACAGGGAGGUCGAGGGCCAGAUUUUCAGGAUAGGCAUGCACCUGGAGGACAUUAAAGAGCAGAUUGACAGAAAUGUGUGCCAUGUUUUCUAUCCUCCAUCUUCCACUCCCUCUCCUCCACCUUGUGAAGAUAUCCCUCUCUCAUCACCCCAUCCAUCACUGCAUGAGGAGUCAGUCUUCAACAUCUCCCCUGUUAGACACAACAUUGAGGACAACGAUGAUGAAGAGUCCAAUGAAGAUCACACAGCUGAUGGGCUUUUCUCCAGGGGAACAGAAAACAGCUUCUAUCUACAGUAUUCCACCUUUUCCACUGAAACGGCUGGCACUGCCAAUGAGGAACAGGAGAACAGACUGACAACAGGAGAGAACCAACACUAUCAGGACAUCCUGGCACAAGCAUCCUCCUCAGCUUUAUUAAAGCAGCUGACACACGAUAGGUAUGAAAAGAAGAUCAGACAUAGUGAAUCCUACUUCACUCCUGUAGGACCGUCUCCUCAGCCAACCGCAGAUAAAACACAGAGCUUUUUCAGUCCAGAAACUGACAGUGGCUUUGCCAGUUUUGACCUAAGCCGGCCAAGCACAGGAAUGUCCCAAACACCUUCUAGUGCUGUGAGUUCUGCACUCCCUGACGAUGUCAAAAUCAUAACGAAUACUAGUGGUUCAGACAGUGAAGCCUCCCAUUCCAACGUACGAACAACUAUAUCAGUGGCACCACAACCUGUGCAGCUCACAGUGAACCACCUGGAAUAUGAACAGACGGUAACACAUGUCAUGGAAGCAAGAAGCAUUACCCAGAAUGCACCUUUUAGAGCUCCGAAAGAAGAUGACACAUCAGUAGGUGGCGCCACUGCCAUGCAUACCCAGGUGACUGAGGGCACAGGGGAAGAUCAGCUAGGAAAGAGCGGUUCUGUAAAUUUGACACACUCAGCAUCACACUGCUCAUGCCACAAUAGUGAGGUUAUCCUCGCACUGCAGUAUGAGGUUUCACGCCUCAAGAGGGUGCUAGAGGAAAGCCUUGGUCACCUGCCUCAUGAGAGCAUGAAUGGCAGGUAUCCAGUGGAGAGGAAGCACAAGGGACAGACCCGAAGCCAGAACAGAUGCGCCUCCAGCAGACGUUUGAAGACAGACUCGAACCUUCAGACGAUUGAGGACUGGAUCUCUUCAGAUAUGGAGCUCAGCAAGAGCAAAGUCACUGACGGAGAGGAUUCAGAUCACACCAUGAGUUUACAGAGAGACUUCAGUCCAUCUCACGGACUAAUACGCACCCGAUUCAGUGCUGACAAGAGGUCACAUGACUCCAGAACCUCAUCUAAAGCCUCAUUGGAGAGCUUUCCUUUGGACACAUCUCAGUUUAGCCAGUCUGGUAGUCAUUGGAGAGCCAGCAUUGGGCCAACAAACCCCAGCACUGACACUAAGAAAACCAACAAAAGUGCCAGCUAUAGACCUGCAAUGGGAAACUUGGAGAACAUCUUCUUAAACAGCACAAAACUUGCCCCUCCUAUAUCUGCUCAUCCUUCCCAUAAGCCUCUGCUGCAGGUCAACUACGGCUCCUCCUGCUGUUUACCAGCUGGAUUCAAAGUGCGAGAUCAAGCAUCAGAACCAGUGUCCUCUAGAAGGCGCUCAACACAAUCUGACUCAGCACUGCUUCCCAGUAAUGUCUUCUUUCAACGGACCUCACCGAAGACCAGUGGAAGACCACAGCGCACCAGCAGAGAGGAAUCAAUACAUAAGACAUUGGACAAGGCCUUGCAUGCAGCUUUUUUAAUGAAGCAGACCACAGACAGGAUGGCAGACGCUCUCUCUGCUGACCUGGCCAAAGCUCAGCUCCAGAGGAAGUUACUGGGCCUACAUCCUCUCAGCAGCAGAGCAGACAGAUAGCUGUGCUGCUGUUAUUCACCCUCUUCAGGACAUUACUGUGGAGUAUAAAUCAGUGCAUCUGCUUUUACACAUCUGUUUAAUAGUGUUUGGGGUUGUGCAUUCUUGGCAAAUAAAAAAACUGACCUGA